CAUCAGAACAUUGGACUCGUCCAUUUCCGGACAUUGAGCAACAAGAUGGCUUCCUCCAGUGAUGAGAGUUCGUCAGAAAUGUCGCAAGAAACAGAAGAAAAGAAGACCACUUUCAAGGAUUUGGGUGUUGUGGAUGUACUAUGUGAGGCGUGUGAACACCUGAAGUGGACGACGCCUACCAAGAUCCAGACCGAGGCCAUACCACUGGCAUUGGAAGGUAAGGAUGUGAUCGGCCUUGCAGAGACAGGUUCAGGGAAGACGGGAACCUUUGCCCUGCCCAUCCUGCAGAGUCUGCUGGAGAAACCACAGAGGCUGUUUGCUCUGGUCCUCACCCCGACCAGAGAACUCGCCUUCCAGAUCUCCGAGCAGUUCGAGGCACUGGGAUCCUCCAUAGGCAUCAAAUGUGUUGUGGUAGUUGGAGGAAUCGACAUGGUCACUCAGGCCCUGCAACUCGCCAAGAAGCCUCACGUCAUCAUUGCCACCCCUGGCAGACUGGUAGACCAUCUUGAGAACACCAAAGGCUUCAACCUCAGAGCACUCAAGUACCUGGUGCUGGAUGAAGCUGACAGGAUACUCAACAUGGAUUUCGAGGCUGAGGUAGACAAGAUUCUUAAGGUUAUCCCCAGAGAGAGACAUACCUAUCUGUUCUCUGCAACCAUGACCAAAAAGGUGGCAAAGUUACAGCGAGCUUCCCUAUCCAACCCUGUAAAAGUGGAAGUGAACUCCAAGUACAAAACAGUGGACACCUUGCAGCAGUCCUACCUCUUUAUACCCAGCAAAUACAAGGAUGUCUACCUGGUGUCCAUCCUGAACGAGCUUGCGGGUAACUCCUUCAUGGUGUUCUGCAGCACGUGUAACAACACCCAGCGUACGGCCUUCCUGCUCAGGAACCUGGGCUUCAAUGCCAUUCCACUGCAUGGCCAGCUAAGUCAGAACUCCCGCCUCGGCGCCCUGCACAAGUUUAAGGCCAAGAGCAGGUCCAUCCUGAUCGCUACGGACGUGGCCAGUCGGGGGCUGGACAUCCCGCAUGUGGACGUGGUCAUCAACUUUGACAUUCCUACACACUCUAAGGACUACAUCCACAGAGUGGGCCGUACAGCCAGAGCAGGGAGGUCUGGGAAGGCCAUCACCUUUGUCACACAAUAUGAUGUAGAGCUGUACCAGAGGAUUGAACACCUGAUCGGUAAGAAGCUGCCUCUGUACAAGACAGAAGAGGAAGAAGUGAUGGUGAUGAACGAGAGAGUGAUGGAGGCGCAGAGAUACGCCAGGAUGGAAAUGAAGGAACAGGGAGGGAAGAAGGGGGGGAAGCGGUCAGCAGCAGCCGAUGAUGAUGAUGAUACAAUGGAGGCCACAGGCAUCAGGAAGAAAGUUAAAAAGUUCCAGAAAACCAAAAAGAAACAUUGAUACUUUUUGAUGAAACCUUAAGCAAUCAUUACUUGAAUGUAUUUUUGUUGUAUUAGUUAUGUUUUGUUUCAUUACUGUAUGUCCUACAGCAUAACUUUCAGCAUUUUUUGGCUCUUGAUAGACCUUCCUUGUGCAAGUGGGAUCUAAUGUGGAUAGACAGUAUAAACUGAAACUGUUAAGAUUAUUAACAGGUUUAGUAUAUGGAUCUAGAACAGAAAUGACUGAACUCGUCCUCAUUGCAAAAGAGAAACUCUUUGUGUUGUGUAUCAGAAACAACUGGGGGAAGGUUUUGACAUGUACAGUACAUCU